AUGGCGAGGCUGCGGGACUGCCUGCCCCGCCUGCUGCUCGCGAUCCGGUCCCUGCUCUUCUGGUCCCUGGUCUACGGCUACUGCGGGCUCUGCGCCUCCGCCCACCUGCUCCAGCUCCUGUGGAGCCUCGGCCGGGGCCCCGCGCGCACCUGCCGGCGGGCCGCGCGGGGGCACCCGCCGCGGUGCCUGAGCGACCCCGCCCUGGGCACCCACUGCUACGUGCGCCUCAAGGAUUCUGGACUAAGAUUUCAUUAUGUUGCUGCUGGAGAAAGAGGCAAACCACUUAUGCUGCUACUUCAUGGAUUUCCAGAAUUCUGGUAUUCUUGGCGUCACCAGCUAAGGGAGUUUAAAAGUGAAUACCGAGUUGUGGCGCUGGAUUUGAGAGGCUAUGGAGAAACAGACGCUCCCAUUCAUCGGGAGAAUUAUAAACUGGACUGUCUAAUUACAGAUAUAAAGGAUAUUUUAGACUCCUUAGGUUAUAGCAAAUGUGUUCUUAUUGGCCACGACUGGGGGGGCAUGAUUGCCUGGCUAAUUGCCAUCUGUUAUCCUGAAAUGGUGAUGAAGCUUAUUGUUAUUAACUUUCCUCAUCCAAAUGUAUUUACAGAAUAUAUUUUACGACACCCUACCCAGCUGUUCAAAUCCAGCUAUUAUUACUUCUUCCAGAUACCAUGGUUCCCAGAAUUUAUGUUCUCAAUAAAUGAUUUCAAGGCUUUGAAACAUCUGUUUACCAGCCAUCGCACUGGCAUUAGAAGAGAAGGUUGUCGAUUAACCUCGGAAGAUCUUGAAGCUUAUAUUUAUGUGUUUUCCCAGCCUGGAGCAUUAACUGGUCCAAUUAACCAUUUCCGAAAUAUCUUCAGCUGCCUGCCUCUCAAACAUCACACGGUGACCACUCCAACACUACUACUGUGGGGAGACAAAGACGCAUUUAUGGAGGUUGAAAUGGCUGAAGUCACAAAGAAUUAUGUUAAAAACUAUUUCAGGCUAACUAUUUUGUCAGAAGCCAGUCAUUGGCUUCAGCAAGAACAACCUGACAUAGUGAACAAAUUGAUAUGGACAUUUCUAAAAGAAGAAACCAGGAAAAAAGAUUGA